UGUGUGGCGUGUGUGCGGCGGUGGCAGCGAUGGCGCACACCUCGGACAGCUCGGACCAGCUGCUGGAGCCGGCCGCCGACCCGGAGGCGCCCGUGCCGCCGGCGCCGCCCGUGAACGGGGCGCCCGGCGCCGGCGAGCCGGCCGCCAGCGCCACCGUGGCCGUGGUGGACGAGCACCGGCGCACCGGCAGCUCCAAGAGCUUCAGAAGUGCCAAAGGCAGCAUCCGCAGCUCCAAGAAGGGCAGCGUCGAUUUGCCAGAUAACCAGCCAUUCGCCGUGGACGACCAUGAGGGUCUCUCCGGCUACGACAAGAAUCUCUACCUCUACAGCGAGGAGCUGGAGGAACGGCCACGCGUGGUCAACAUGGUGCACACGCUGGCCAACUACAACGCCAUCAUCCCGUCGGCCACGGACCACGACCAGAAGCCGGUGCGGCCGCAGAACAAGCUCGGGACGAUGCUGGGCGUGUUCCUGCCCUGCAUCCAGAACAUCUUCGGUGUCAUCCUGUUCAUCCGCCUGACCUGGAUCGUGGGCACGGCCGGCGCCCUCGAGGCCUUCAUGGUGGUCCUCAUGUGCUGCUGCGUGACGAUGCUCACGUCGAUCUCAAUGUCUGCGAUCGCCACGAACGGCGUGGUGCCCGGUGGCGGCUCGUACUUUAUGAUCUCGCGCGCGCUGGGACCCGAGUUCGGCGGCGCUGUCGGCAUCCUCUUCUACCUGGGCACGACGUUCGCCUCGGCCAUGUACAUCAUCGGCGCCAUCGAGAUCCUGCUGCUGUACAUAGAGCCGCGGAUCGCCAUCAGUGACAUCUCAAACGAGUCGAGCAAGUUCGACAACUUCCGGCUCUACGGUACCGUCCUGCUCUUCUGCAUGGCCACCAUCGUGUUCUUCGGCGUCAAGUUCGUCAACAUCUUCGCCACGCUGGCGCUGGUCUGCGUGCUGGGCAGCAUCGCCUCCGUCUACGUGGGCAUCUUCGUCAACGCCGGCGGCUCGGACGCGCUCAUGACGUGUCGACUAGGCGAGCGGUUACUCCGGGAGAACGAGAACAACAAGUCGGCGGCGGCGUGCUCGCCCGAGUUUCUGUGGGACGAGUACUGCCAGACGCCCUACGACCAGAAGAACCUCACCACCUGUUACUACUACUUCGCGGCCCACUACAACGACACGCACUACGAGCGCGGCGUGGCCGGCAUCGCCAGCGGCGUCUUCCAGCGGAACCUGUACUCGCGCUACCCGCGCAAAGACAACUACAUCACGGAGAACGGCAGCUCGGUGGCGGCCAAGAACCUGGGCAAGGGCGAGUACAACCAGAUCAUGGCCGACAUCACCACCUCGUUACACGUGCUGAUCGGCAUCUUCUUCCCCUCCGUCACAGGUAUCAUGGCGGGCUCGAACCGGUCGGGCGACCUGGCCGACGCGCAGAAGUCGAUUCCGAUCGGCACCAUCUGCGCCGUGCUGGUGACGAGCACCGUGUACCUGAGCGGCGUCAUGUUCUUCGCGGCGACCCUCUCGCCGCUGCUGCUGCUCGACAAGUUCGGUGAGAGCGUCGGCAAGCAGAUGGUGGUGUCCCAGGUGGCCUGGCCGCACCCGAUGGUAGUCACCAUCGGCUCGCUGCUCUCCACGGUCGGCGCCGGCCUGCAGUCGCUGACGGGCGCGCCGCGGCUCCUGCAGGCCAUCGCCCAGGACAACAUCCUGCCCAUCCUCGACCCGCUCGGCAAGAGCUCCAAACGCGGCGAGCCCGUGCGCGCCCUGCUCGUCACCGUCUUCAUCUCCGAGGUGGGCAUCCUGAUCGGCAACCUGGACGAGAUCACGCCCAUCAUCACCAUGUUCUUCCUAUGUCUACGCUUCGUGAACCUGGCCUGCGCGCUGCAGACGCUGCUGCGCACGCCCAACUGGCGGCCGCGCUAAUACUACCACUGGGUGCUCUCGUCUGGCCUGUCUCUGUGCAUCACCGUCAUGUUCAUGACCAGCUGGUACUACGCGCUGGUGGCGAUGGUGAUCGCCCUGCUCAUCUACAAGUACAUCGAGUUCCGCGGCGCCGAGAAGGAGUGGGGUGACGGUAUCCGCGGUCUGGCGCUCUCUGCGGCGCGCUUCUCCCUGCUGCGGCUUGAGGAGGGGCCGCCGCACACGAAAAACUGGCGGCCGCAGCUUUUGAUCUUCGCCAAACUCGACUCGGAGCUGAAUCUCAAGUACCCCAAGCUCAUCACAUUCGCCUCACAACUCAAGGCCGGCAAAGGUCUGACGAUGAUCACCACGGUGCUAGAGGGAGAGUUCAGCAAAACGUACGGCGAGGCGCAGGCAGCGCGACUCAGCAUCAGGAAGGAGCUCGACAGGGAGAAGACCAAGGCCUUCAUCGACGUCCUCGUCGGCAAGAGCGUCAUCGAGGCCAUCAACCACUUUAUGCAGACGGCCGGUAUGGGUGGCCUGCGUCCCAACACGGUGGUGCUGGGCUGGCCGUACGGCUGGCGGCACCAGGCAGACGCCAAGGCGCACCGCGUCUUCCUCGAGUCCGUGCGAAACACCAGCGCCAACAAGAUGGCGCUGCUCGUGCCCAAGGGCAUCAACUUCUUCCCGACCAACAACGAAAAGGUGGUGGGCAACAUCGACAUCUGGUGGAUCGUGCACGACGGCGGCCUGCUGAUGCUGCUGCCCUUCCUGCUGAAGCAGUCGCGCACCUGGAAGGGCUGCAAGAUGCGCAUCUUCACCGUGGCACAGAUGGAGGACAACAGCAUCCAGAUCAAGAAGGACCUCAAGACGUUCCUCUACCACCUGCGUAUAGAGGCAGAGGUGGACGUCGUCGAAAUGCAUGACAGCGACAUCUCGGCCUACACCUACGAGAGGACGCUGAUGAUGGAGCAGCGGAACCAGAUGCUGCAGGAGAUGAGACUCAGCAGAAAGGAGCGCAACUCAGUGGUGGACGCGCUGAUGGGCGUCGAGCUGGACAUCAUGCGCCGGCCGUCAAUCAACACCGUUCAGGACGUCCAGGACAUUGUCGACAAGAGCUUCAAGGGGGUCGACUCGCCGCCGGCGCGUAACUCCAAGGUGCACUUCCUGGAGCGCGUGCUGCCGGAGGAGGCGGCCGUCACGCCGGACAUCUCGGUGGACCUGGCCGACGGCACCGGCUCGCGGUCACCCUCCCAGGAGCGGAAGGAGGAGCCGGCGCCGGCCGACGUCGAGCCGGCCGGCGACGCCGCGCCCGCCACCAAAGACGGCUUCAAAAAGCUGCUCGACAUCAAACCUGAUAAGGCCAACGUGCGCCGGAUGCACACGGCCGUCAAGCUGAACGAGGUAAUCGUCAGCAAAUCACACGACGCCCAGCUGGUGAUCGUCAACCUGCCCGGGCCGCCCAAACUGCAGAGCGCCAAAAACGACUCCAACUACAUGGAGUUUCUGGAGGUGCUGACAGAGGGUCUGGACCGGGUGCUGAUGGUGCGCGGCGGCGGCCGCGAGGUGAUCACCAUCUACUCGUAGUGGCGCGGCGCCGUCCGACGAGCGCUCAGCGCGGGGACCAGACGGACCGCCGCCGGCUGAGAGUAUUUAUUGUGGGCCGGCCGGCGGGCGGGUGCCGCUGCCGGCGGCCGGUGCUGUGAUGGGCCGCCCGGACUGCCGGCCGCUGCAAUAGGGCCGCGCCGCCCGCCGGGACGGCCGCUCACGUGUCAAAUGGGCGCAGUGCCGGCGCCCGCGCCGUUGUUACAUGACUGAAGACUCUAUGGUGCGCCGGACGGUGGCGUGGUGGCGCCGCGUGCGACCGCCGGCCGCGCCCAGCGCCAAGCGGGUGGGGCCGCCAGCGGCCGGACCGACACGAGGCAGCCCAGUGGGCAGCUCUUUUAGCGAUCAUUAUUUAUAGGUUGUCUGGCGUUGUUUGCGGCGUAGCUUUAAUUGACACCAUCUCUGUCACGUGGAUUAUGUCGCCCUGUCACAAACCGAGGUCACGUGGAUUAUGUCGCCCUGUCACAAACCGAGGUCACGUGGAUUAUGUCGCCCUGUCAGAGUGUGCACGACAACCAUGCCGAGCUUUCCAGGCGGCCAGGGCAGCCGCCCCGCCCUGUGGGUCUCACGCUGUUCUUGUUUCGCAUUUCCUUCGCAUGGUUUAUUAGAUUCAUUGUUAAUUAAUAUUAAUUGUUCCUAUUUGUUUUUGGCAGCUUUUCGAAUAAAGUAGUUGGUCUAUGCC